AAUACGUAAAUGAUAUUUCUACCUGGUGACAGGAUUUAAAGUUUAUAGAAUUUAUAAGUAUUGACAACUGUCAAUGAAAAUGACAUUUAACCAUGACUGAGAUAAGGGAUAUCAUCAUAAAAGUCAAUAGUUCUUUCUAAGGUUAUCUUCUCUAAGAAGUGGGACAAAUUUUUGUAAAUAACUAAGACAAUGUAAUUUGAUUAUAUAUAAAACAUUUCAUUGUCAUAAUUAUCAUACGUUUUUAUAAACUGUCUCAUUUUUCUAAUAUUUCACAUAGAUUCUUUGUGAAUCAUGAACGAGAACCACAUCGACGUGAAUGAUACAAUUAACUACUUAGAAACUGGAAACUACCUUUGUGAUACUAGUAUCACUACGACGAAAGUUAUAAAAAAGAUAUAUGAAUUUUGUAUGUUUUUUAAUAGUAUCGGACGAGUUGCAUUAUUGAACGCAGACCAGAAUGAAAGUCAAGAAUUGGUAAGCUUACUUCUGCAUUUAAAAAAGAACAUAAAAUGUGCAAUAUCUGAAUUGGGACAGUCUCAUACCACAAAGAAAUACAGGCUAAUGUGCCCAGAAUGUGAAGAGUUAAUUGAAGUAAAUGCAAAUACUAACAUUUGGACAGUUUUUCAACAACAUGAGCAUUUCGAAAAGUUGUAUAGCAAUUUUUUAAAUGGCACCUAUCAAAUUUCAAAUGAAUCUUCUACAGCUCAAAUUGAAUCGUUGCUUGAUGUAAGUAAAACUAGUAUUGAGGAUUCUACUUAUACUUUGGAAACAGAACAUACAGAUAGUGGAAUUGAUUAUGAAGAAACUUGUAAUGAAAGUUGUUCUCCUGAAGAAGAAGAAGAACCUCUUGGUAGUAAUACUUUUCGAUUUAAUUUCUUACCAUCCUAUGAUUCAGUUAUUGAAAAAACUCUUUAUCCAAGAAGAUUGAAAUCUUUGAACAAAUUCAAUUGUUGUAAAUUACCUACAAUUCAAAAAAUUAAUCAAUGUAAUGCUAUAUGCUUAUUAUGCAACUGUUCCUUAAGAGCCAUUAAAGCGAUUUCCAGGAAUCAGUGCUUAGAUCAUAUUGUAGGUCAACGUCAUAUGAAAGCUGCUAAUGACCCACUGCUUGUAGCUGCUCUUGAAUGUUAUCACGAAAUAUUCUGGAAUUUAGAAACUUGCUAUCAGGCACACCAGGUAUAUUUUGAACCAAAAAACACCACAACAAUAAAAUGUCAUCUGUGUUGUGUAGAUGUUCCCAUCCAAAGUACUGUUGAUCAUAUUAAUUCUGAUAUACAUAAAAAUACAGUUUUGAAGUUAUUUUUGAAAAAUAGAGUUACUGAAUUCUUUCUGCUUCACAUACAAAUUGAAGCGUAUGGAAUAAAACCAGAACCAAUUAAAAAUGAAAAGCCAAAAGUGGAAAAUGAAAAUGAAAGUUCACAAAGAAGAAUUAGAGAAAGAAGAGGAAAAACAAUUACUACAAAUCAAGAACAUGUUGAAGUAAAAGAACAUACCAUAUUAUCCAGGCCAUUUGAGUGUGUCACUUUUCAAGAUUGCAUACCACAGAGAUAUAAGGAGCAUUCAAAAUAUUUAAGAGAUAGACAUUCAUACAUAGGCUGCAACUUGUGUCAGAGAAAUUUUAACAAAAGGAUUGAAGAUGUAUUAAACCAUUUAAUGACUCCACAACAUUGGCAGUUGGCGGAUCUCAGUAAACCACAGUAUACAUUUUAUUGCGAAAUUUGUAAUAUGAAAUUUAAAGAUGAAGUUUCUUGGGGAAGACAUUUUCUUCCUGGGCAAAAUAAUCAUUCCAAAGUAUCAAAGAGUCGACUUGACAAAUUAACUGAACAUGAAUGUGUUACUUGUAAACUAGUUUUUUUCGGAGAUGAAAUAUCUAUUCUUAGACACAAAAAUGUAUCUGGAAAUUUCAGAAAGAGAGAACCGAAAGAAACGAAACUUAGCAAAGAAAUAACAAAGAUGUUUAUGAGUGCAGAAGCAAUAGAGAAAGAGGGCGAUUGUUUAGUAAGAGAAGCAAAUAAUACUGUUACGUGCCUGAAGAGAACUUUCGACUGUUGUUCUCAAAUAGAAGAAGUACUAAAAAUCAGCAUGCAGUAUUGUAAAGCCUAUCCAUUCGGUUCUAGGGUGUCGGGUCUGGGAAACGAGAAUAGUGAUUUGGAUUUAUUCAUAGAUACAGGAAACAUGUACUUUGGGGACAAAUAUCAAGAUUCCUUGUCACAAUGCGAGAUCGUUAAGAAAGUUCAUAAAAUAUUGAAUUCCCGUAGAGAUUUGUUUUCUAAAAUUCAUCAAGUACCAACAGCUAGAACGCCCAUUGUAAAACUUCAACACAUCGAGACUGGGUUAGAUUGUGAUUUAUCUUUUAGGCAUGGAUUAAGUGUAGAAAAUACGAAAUUUUUGAGAUUAUGUUUAGAUAUUCAACCAAUUACACAAGCUUUUAUUUUAAUAUUGAAAAAGUGGUCUUCUUUGAACAAUCUGGAUGAAUACAUAACUACAUACGCUCUAGCAAUGUUGGCUAUUUUUUAUUUGCAAGUGAACGAUUAUUUACUUUCAGUAAAGGAAUUGAAACGAUUAAAUCCGAAUCCAGCUCCGAUUAUUAGUGGAUGGGAAACUAUCAAAUACACCAUACCACUGAACGUUCUGAAAAAUCAUGUCAAGCAAUAUGAACAUUCACUUUCGAGACUUUUAAAAGAUUUCUUUUCAUAUUAUGCAACAUUCGAUUACCAAAGACAUACUGUAUGUCCAAUGAUGGGUCACGUCAUCAACAAAUCGCUAUUUGAGGAACCAAAACAACUGCCACCUGAGAUGAGUGCAUAUGUUAAACAAUUAAAAUCAAAACAACCGGAACAAUUUCGUUUCAUGUCACCAUUUUGUAUCCAAGAUCCAUUUGAUCUCAGUCAUAAUUUAACAAAAGCCUGCCAAAGUGUCACCGUGGGAGCUUUUAGAAAACUAUGUGAAUUAAGCUAUAAACAUUUGGAUUCUUUGAAAUAGAAAUAUUUCAUAGUUUUUAGCAUUCGAUGAAUGUACAUACAAAUUUGAUUCUUUGAAAAAACUUUUUUCAGUUGUUCAGUUUUUUAUUCCAUAAACAAUUUAUCAAGUAUUAAAAUGAUCAUUAUUUGAAAAUAUUAAUUUUAAUCUUAGGACUCUGGUUGUCAAUACUGACACCUAAUCAUUCAAAAAAAUGGUUAACUGAGCUUCAGUGAGAGGUGAAUUUUAAAUUUUUAAUUAUUUGAGUAUAUUUUCUGAGAGCAAAAUUGAUUGGAUUGAGAUUCUUCAGCAAAUCCACAUAGAUCAAAAGUAAACUUUAUUCGUUUUGAGGCCAAACACAUUUUUGCCUCAAAAUUAAGACAAACAUAUUGAUUCGUAUUUAUAUAAUAAAUUUCUAUUCAAAGAUAAAUACAUAGGCAUAUAUUUUAACUUUGAUGAAAAGGAAACACCCUAUACUGAAUGCGAUAUUACAUAUAUUUCUUUGCCCACUUUGGUCAAAUGUUUUCAGCAUUAGGUUCAUUUUUAUUUAUAAAAUUCACUGCUACAAGGUUUAUCAAAAGCGUAUUUAUGUCACAUUUUAUUCUCUCCUUUGAUGUAUUUGGUCCUACUUCUUUUGGGCUUUGAGACAAGACACUUCUACUUUUCUGUCUUCACGAUUAGUUCUUCAACUGUUAUAACUUUUUAUUUAUAAGUAAAUGCUCAAAAAUCGAAACAGUUUUAGUGAAAGUGGAGAAAUCAUCAAAAAAAGACGCAAUAAAAUGGUCUCUCCAUGUAACUACAGUCACAAAGUCAGAAGAAACGACGAUAUCCUAUAAAGGAUUUUUUCAAUAUAUACUGUUUUGAAGUGUGAAGUUCUUUUUCAAUAAUCUGUUAACUUUCGUGUUAGACUUGGAUCAAGGCCCUUAAUUUUUAUGUUGAUUUUUCUCAGAAAAAAUUAAAUAUCAUUUUAGUGUUACUGAUUAAUAAACAGCUUUAUUGCCAAUGUUGUUUAGGUCGUAUUCGUAUUGGGUGGUUUUAAUAUAUUAAGUAUUAUUUUUAUGCAUACUUUUUUGGCUAAUAUGGCACCGUUUUUUGUAAUAAACUUAUUACAAUCCGAUCAACGAUGAAUAUUUAUCUACUACAAUUUACUAGGAAUAUUUACCAGUGUGCUGGUUUCAUAUUUUAAGUAUUUACUAUUGGAUUCAUUAUGUUUAAAUAAAGUAUAAUUAUAUUUACUAAAUGUCUUUUGAAAAAUUUCCAAAUCCAAAUAUUCUCAAUUUAUAGGCUAAAAACAAAUUCUUCCAUAUGCUUCAGUAGCUUUGGAUCAGAUUUGAAUCUCAUUCCUGCACCAGCAUGUCGCGAAGCCCUUUAGAAUUUCAGAGGGCCAGGAUAUAAGUCUGGACUGUGAGCAGGCCAAACAAAUGGUGUGAUUUGGUAACUAUUCGAGCGGUGCAGUGAAAUUGACGACGCAGCGUGAAUUUAUACGACACCCGUGAGAUCACAGAUGUGUCACGCUUUAGUUCAGACACAGUUUGGUGUACAAUACGUGUGGGUAACUAGCAAGUCUUUCCUUAAUUUUUUUACGAAAAAAUGACAGAAGAAAAGUAAGGAAAUACAGAGAGCUUUAUGAUACAAAAAAUUGUGAUUAUAUGAAGACGAUACUGAAGAAUGUCAAUGUCUUGUCGGAUCAUCUCAUGUACUUCAGCAAACUGGUUUCAAUUCAAUCAGAAAUAAUUAGCAAAAUUAGUAGCAUCCAUUUUAGUUGUAGAUAAUUGUAAAUUAUCCACUGUUUUUUCUCUUGGACAGAAUAAAUUUAUUAGGUGAUUUAAA